AUGAUUAGUGGGUAUAGCCAGAAAGGACAUAAAGAAGAGGCUGUCAAUCUUUUUGUCGAGAUCAUGUUGAGACCUGAUCAGUCGACGUUUCCUUCAAAUAUGGCAGCUUUGGGAAGGGGAAAGAGUUUCCACGCUUGUGAUGUGAAGUACUUGGCUGAUCUUGGAUUAUUAAUUAAUAGUAGCAAUGGUGGUGACAAUUUUGUACUAAGGGAGUUUAUUGGAAAAUUAGGAAGUAUUUGUAAUUCUGGUGAAAUUUCACCAAAUUCUUUUGUUGAUAGUAAUAGUAAUUCUUGCUAUGCUACUCCAUUGAAUUCUCCUCCAAGACUUAAUCUUUCCAAUUUUGAUCAUCAAAUUAAAGGAAACUUUCUAACUAAUAGUAGUACUAGUAAUUUGCCACAUUUUUCUGCUGAUCUUGGAUUUGGAAGAUCCGACAUGCCCGAUGAGAUUUCUCAAGAUAACCAGAAUAUGUUACUUAAUUCUAUGCAGGUUUCAACAGAAAAUAAUGAAUCAAGUGCCAAAAGAAGCAAAUCUGAUGAACAAAAUGGAAGUGAUAAAGAACAAAAUGACGAAAAUCAAAAGCCUCAAGAGCCACAAAAGGAUUAUAUUCAUGUUAGAGCCGGAAGGGGUCGUGCCACUGAUGCACAUAGUCUUGCUGAAAGGGUCAGAAGAGAGAAAAUUGGUGAAAGAAUGAAGUUUUUACAAGAUCUUGUACCUGGCUGCAAUAAAGUGACCGGAAAAGCUGUAAUGCUUGAUGAGAUCAUUAACUAUGUGCAAUCCCUCCAAUGCCAAGUUGAGGUAAAUUACUUUAAGUUUUUAAAAUAA